CACUCUCCCAUUCCUUUGAACAGAAGGAGCCGAUAUUCUUAUCCCUCCUUUUUAUGCAGUAAAGACAGUCUAGAGGAGGUGGGUAGUUUAUAUAAAUUAUAUAACAAGGUACAGGGGCCAGCGCUCAGAUCUGUGCAGGAGACAAGGGCCCUCAUCAGAGCGCUCACUAGAGGACUUGUGUGGCUCUGUGAGGGUGAGGGGGGAUGGCAUGGUGUUUGAAGGCAAGUAUCCUCUUACCUUUCAGUGUUUUGUCCCCACCCAUUCCCAACAAUUAAAAAAAAGUGUACAACAUGAUGGUAAUACACAGAGACCAGAAGAGAAGCUUUCUAUGUAUGAUUCUAUGAGUUCUAGGGGGUGGGGGCACUGGUUAGAAGCAGGUAAGAAAGUUGUCAAGAAAAAGAGGUAAUACUCAGGAACUGUAUGAGUAAGGAGGUGUAGGGCAGUCGCUGCUAAUUGCACCUUCAUAAUUUUCCAAGUGAGGAGAGUAAGCCAGACUGAAGAACUUGACCAGGAAAUAGGUGUCUCUGAGGGUUUCCCAGUAGGAGAGAAAUAUAUCUAAGAAGCUUCUGUGGAUGCUAUUUGGUAUAAUUGACACAGAAAGGAAACUGAGUCUCCCUAAGGGUGUCUUAGGUAGUCAUCUUCAUUGUGUUGUGGUGAGGAACACAUGGGGGUGCAGAGAAGGGUAAGAAAGGGAAUUACUGAAGGCCAGAUACUAAAGCCAAGAUUAAGAGAGUUGAAAGCUGGAGAUGAGAGCAGGGCAGUUUCCCAUGUUAGCAGAAUUAAUCCAUUCUAACUACUGACCAAAGGAGAGACCAGUCACCUCCAUCCUGGACAUAGGAAGGCAGCUAGAUACAGCUCCUUUCUUGAUGCAGCCUCAGCUCAGACAGUGGUGUGCUUGGUGAUCAGAAAAACAGUAGAGGGAGAAACAGCAGGAUGGGAAACGUCCACUGAGCAUCUGCUUUGUGCUAGAUGGAAUGCUAGAUGCUUUGUAUCAUUUAUUGUUCACAGCAACCUCUUGGUAACAGGAGUAGUUGCCUCGUUUUAUUGAUGAUGAAGUGAGGUUUAGAUUAAGACACUUGCCAAAGGCACACAGUGAAGUGCCAGGAGCUGGGAUUAAAACCGAGUUCUGUCUGACCCCAGAGCCACUCUGCAGUGCCCCACCCAGGCUCUGCUCCUCCAGACUUCAGCCAGAUGAAAGCACGGGGACCUCACUGUGGGGCAGGACCCACUUCCGACAGAAGAACCAUCUACCUAUGAUUUUAAUACUCCAUUUUUAGAAGUAGUGAAACUAUAAGAUAUAAUGAAGAAUGUCAGGUUCUGUGCUUGGGACCAGCCAUGAGACCUAGCUUACAGAAAGGUUCGUCCUAGUUUAGGCUGUAUGAAUGGAAAUGUAGUGUCUAGAACAUCCAGAUCAAAACCUGCUCUGAUCUGUCUACCCCAAGUACAAAUUGGUUUAUAAAUGCCUUACUUGAAAGAGGCGGGGGUGGGAGGAACAUGUCCCCUUGAACAAACAAAAAAAGACUACAGAAUAGAAGAAUGAAAUGUCUUCAAACCUGAGAGAGGCUUCUGUACAUCAAAGAAUUGAGAGAUGUUCUGUGAGACAAUGAGGCAAACUAAGACACCCCUGGUGGAGGCCACAAGGAGAUGGAAACCAGCUCAGUGCAAGGGUAAAUCUGGAGACUCGGCAGGAGAUGGUAAGUUCCUGGGACUCAGGUGUACGAGGUUCCUCACGCCAGUGUUUUCAAGACACUUGCUUUGUGUCACAUCUUGUACUGAAUGAAUGACAAAUAGUAUCUCAAAUAAUGCUCACCCUAGAAAGUAGUUCUUUUAACAUUGCCGUGUUUUAGGUGAAGAAACUAGUUUAGAGAGGUAGACGGCUUGCCCAAAGCUGAUUCACAGGCUACAGAACCACUCUGGUGGGGAUGCUGCAGGACAGAUCCGAGGAUCAGAAGGGAAAGGGCACCGGAUGACUUUGAAGGACCCCUUCCUGUGAGGUAGAUCUUUCCUAAGGCUGGAUUCUAGUCUCCUGACCCCGUAGGUCACAGCCAGGCAAAGGUGGGGGUGACUAGAUGGAGGUGGACAGAACAGUCCCACUCCAGUGUUCUGCCCCUGCCUGACUGGGACUCCUUAGAAUCAGGACCUUAGGAUCCUCCCUCCCUCAGACUUCAUAGAGCGCUAUUCCAGAAAAAGGAAAUGGCCGGACCUGGCAGUGUGGAGCUGCAACCACAGGGUGGCAGCAGUGCCCCAGCUGCAGAGGGUGGCUCCCUAGGCCCAAGUGAGGCAGGUCCUCUCAGCAGUGCUCUGAAGAUGAAGUGCAUCUACAAGGAUUUCUUCUAGCUUCUUUCUGUAUGUUUUAUUUCCACAGGCAAAUCUGAGUAGUGACUCCCUUUGUAACCCUCCAAGAGGCACAUUUGAACAGGUGUGAAUGGGCUGGGCGACCCUGACUGCAGCCCCAGCCAGGGGUGAAAACAGGCUGGGUCAUCCCAGCCAACUCUUACCCAGGCUCUUCCCCCACUCCCUGUUCCAGGACACAAUACCUAGCCCUUGCUGACAGGACUUUAUUUAUGCUUUUAUUCUACAAGUUAGAAAAGAAAGGAGGUGAUCAAUUGGAGCUCUCCAACCUGUUGAGGGAUUGGGGGUUCUUAAAGGCCCCCUAGGGCCUGGCUCUGACAAAGCCAUCUGCAAUUAAUGAUGCUUCUUGAGCUCUGGAGACAGGAUUUAUGCAUCUAAUAAAGUCUGUAACUUCAGGCUUAGGGGCUGGGGCCGGAGGCUGGGAGCAGGAAGUCCCGGAGGGGCCAUGGGAGGGGAUCCCAGGGGCUCUUAAUGGAGCGGUGCAUUUCCAUUGCCUGCUCUGUAUUCCCUCUCAGGCUGCUGUGGGGUGGGGGACAGGGGGACAGCAGGUAUAAGAGGCAGAGGUGGCUGUCGGAAGGCAGAUGACAGCAUGGAUUCCAGGCAGGCUGCCGUGCUGCUCGUGGUGCUCCUUUUAAUAACGGACUGGGGCCAUGCCGGAGAGCCAAGCAACCUGGAUGGAGGUCAGAUCUUCAUGGAGGAAGACCCUGGACCCCUCCAGGCACAAGAUUCUGAGACCCCUAGGUCACUCUUGCUCUCCCUGCUCCAGACCAUGCGGAGACCCAGCCAGAGCUCAGCCUUCCUGUUUCAGCCCCAGAGGUUCGGCAGAAACACCUGGGGCUCCUGGAGGAACAAACGGCUGAGUACCCAGGCUGGGGAGGGGCUGAGCUCCCUGUUCUGGAGUCUGGCUGCCCCUCAGCGCUUUGGGAAGAAGUGACAAGUCAUCAUCCCUUGAUAUGUUUGCAUGCAAGGCCACACCCAAAAAUGCAUGUGUGCCCUGCCCUUCCCCCCACCCCCCAAAAUAAAGCUG